AUGAGGUUUGACACCCUUCAAAUUGCUAAGGAUCACUACAACAGCUAUGCCCUACGGAUGGGUUUCUCUGUCAAAAUGAACACCUCUAGGCGGAAAGCUCACACAAAUGUAUUGGUAAAACAACAGUUUUGCUGCAACAAGUACAAGAAGCCGAAAGCUGAUGAUGGAGGAGCUGAGGCUCCUCCUGUCCUAGACCCUAUACCAAAUCCAAAACCCAUUGACAAUGAUGAGGAGAUGGAAGAUGAACCUCCAAUAUUUGCUGAAGAGGAGGCUGGUACUAGUAAGAAAAAGAAGAAGCGUAAACGCGAGACAAUAAAGCAGACUCAAUGCAAGGCGAAAAUGUUGGUGAAGCUGAUAGAUGGGCGAUGGCAGGUGACGCACUUUGUUCGUGACCACAAUCAUCCGCUGGUGAACAAACCUUCGUUGUCCAAAUACUUGAGAUCCCACCAAGGCAUCUCUCCUGAUGAAAAGGAGUUUUUGCGCAUCUUGUAUAACUGCAACUUGACUACAGGACGUAUGAUGCAUGUAAUGGCAGAGUUCUAUGGAUCUGAGAUGAUGGUGCCGUUCGGACCAAAGGCAAUAACAAAUCUGUGUACAAGUUUCCGUAGAGAUGACACAAAGGAGGGUGACAUGAUUGAGACAAUUGCGCACUUCAAGGAUAUAUACAAAAAACCGAUCUAG